GAAAUAAAACUCAAGAUGUGCAUCUACUACAUCGAAACUUGUCUUGAAGGUCAUGAAUGUGCUCUCGUUUACACCAAGGCUUGUAACUAUGCAAACAAUUGCAGACCGCUCAGAUACUGUGACAUCGAAGAAGUAAAAAUGGGCAAUAUAAGAAAAAGUAGGACUGCAAAACAAUAUUGUGAGCCUUGCGAAGUAGAGAAACAGAUAAACGCUCAAGAAGACGCUGUCGAGGCCGCGGCCGUGGACAAUGAGGAAGACGAGGAAGAAGAAGUAGAAGAAAUAGAGCCGAUGAUAGUGGCGAAGAAAGAGGAAACAUACGAACAGAGCAACGAGAAGGAGGAAACAGAUGAACUAGAUCAAUGCACAGUGACUCAGAAUGUGCGUUCCCAAGCUCUGGCGGCAGUAAGGCGCGGUAGGAGCACCGGAAGGGGCUUGAAAAGUUCAUUGCCGGCAAAAAAUACACCGGCGAAACGUGGACGUGGUCAGAAUGAGAAGUUUGAAGAAAACACGCCCACAUCCAAGAAGCAAAGAACAAAUCAGGCACGAAAAUCUAUGGGCUGAUGCCAUGGGUGGUAGUAGGAAAAGUAAGCCGAGAAGAGUCAGGUUUCACUUGUUACAGAGACAGACUUGCAACAUGGGUCUAUUAGUUCA